AUGGAUAAAUUUGAAAAUGAAUCAGAUUACCUAUUUCCAAAUGACACACAUGAAGCUAAUAGAUUAAGGAUGCAACAUUAUGUUUCAAGGUUCAGUUGGAAAGGAACUAAUUUUAAUACGCCUUUAAAAAAAGAAUUUAAAGCGGGUGGUCUUCGAGUACUUGAUGUAGGAUGUGGUUCAGGUGGAUGGCUCUUUGAUAUGAGUUACGAAUAUCCAAAUUGUACAUUUGUUGGAAUCGACAUUUCCACAACGAUAAAUGAAGACAUACGUCCCAAAAACCUUGGGUUCAUCCAAUGCAAUGCCCUUCAUGGACUUCCAUUCUUUGAAAACACUUUUGAUUUUGUUUUUCAAGGAAACAUGUUCAUGACAUGGAAAGAAUCUGAUUGGCCAAUAAUAAUCAAAGAUAUGUUACGCUGUGUAAAGAGUAAUGGUUGGAUAGAAAUAAUGGAAGGAGCAUAUGACUUUAGAAACGUUGGCCACACAAUGAAAAUUUUGUUGGAUGCAACACAGAAUCGUUUUAUUUCAAAAGGAAUAAAUUUAAAUAUCAAACCAUGUCUUAAAGGUUUUCUUGAAGCUACGGGAGAAUUAAAAAGUAAAGUUAUCAUAAAUGAAGCAAUCACUCCACUUUGGGGAAGUAAUUUGGGUGCAGUGGCUUUCAAACUUUUCAGAAAGGCGCAUACAUCGAUUGAAAUGCAUAAAUACAUGGGUAUUUCACAAUCUACAUUUGAAGAAAUGUUUGAUGUUAUAGCUCAAGAAGUGGAAGAGAAUCAAACAUAUGUUAAAAUUCAUAGGAUUCAUGCACAAAAAAAAUAG